AUGCAUUUAACCGAUGCCAACACCACCUCAGCUACCAAUCCCACCACCACCUCGGCUACCAAUCCCACCAUCACCUCGGCUACUAAUCCCACCACCACCUCAGCUACCAAUCCCACCACCACCUCAGCUACCAAUCCCACCACCACCUCGGCUACCAAUCCCACCACCACCUCGGCUACCAAUCCCACCACCACCUCGGCUACCAAUCCCACCACCACCUCAGCUACCAAUCCCACCACCACCUCAGCUACCAAUCCCACCACCACCUCAGCUACCAAUCCCACCACCACCUCGGCUACCAAUCCCACCAUCACCACGGCUACCAAUCCCACCAUCACCUCGGCUACCAAUCCCACCAUCACCACAGCUACCAAUAACACCACCUCAGCUACCAAUCCCACCACCUCGGCUACCAAUCCCACCACCACCUCGGCUACCAAUCCCACCACCACCUCGACCAAUCCCACCACCACCUCGGCUACCAAUCCCACCACCACCUCGGCUACCAAUCCCACCACCACCUCGGCUACCAAUCCCACCACCUCAGUUACCAAUCCCACGACCACCUCGGCUACCAAUCCCACCAUCACCUCGGCUACCAAUCCCACCAUCACCUCGGCUACCAAUCCCACCACCACCUCGGCUACCAAUCCCACCAUCACCCCGGCUAUCAAUCCCACCACCACCUCGGCUACCAAUCCCACCACCACCUCGGCUACCAAUCCCACCACCACCUCGGCUACCAAUCCCACCACCACCUCGGCUACCAAUCCCACCACCACCUCAGCUACCAAUCCCACCACCACCUCAGCUACCAAUCCCACCACCACCUCGGCUACCAAUCCCACCAUCACCACGGCUACCAAUCCCACCAUCACCUCAGCUACCAAUCCCACCAUCACCACAGCUACCAAUAACACCACCUCAGCUACCAAUCCCACCACCUCGGCUACCAAUCCCACCACCACCUCGGCUACCAAUCCCACCACCACCUCGGCUACCAAUCCUACCAUCACCUCGGCUACCAAUCUCACCACCACCACGGCUACCAAUCCCACCACCACCUCGGCUACCAAUCCCACCACCACCUCGGUUACCAAUCCCACCACCACCUCGGUUACCAAUCCCACCACCACCUCGGCUACCAAUCCCACCACCACCUCGGUUACCAAUCCCACCACCACCUCGACCACCUCGGCUACCAAUCCCACCACCACCUCGGCUACCAAUCCCACCACCUCAGUUACCAAUCCCACGACCACCUCGGCUACCAAUCCCACCAUCACCUCGGCUACCAAUCCCACCAUCACCUCGGCUACCAAUCCCACCACCACCUCGGCUACCAAUCCCACCAUCACCCCGGCUAUCAAUCCCACCACCACCUCGGCUACCAAUCCCACCACCACCUCGGCUACCAAUCCCACCACCACCUCGGCUACCAAUCCCACCACCACCUCGGCUACCAAUCCCACCACCACCUCAGCUACCAAUCCCACCACCACCUCGGCUACCAAUCCCACCACCUCGGCUACCAAUCCCACCACCACCUCGGCUACCAAUAACACCACCUCAGCUACCAAUCCCACCACCAUCACCACGGCUACCAAUCCCACCACCAUCACCACGGCUACCAAUCCCACCACCACCACCUCGGCUACCAAUCCCACCACCACCUCAGCUACCAAUCCCACCACCACCUCGGCUACCAAUCCCACCACCACCAAUCCCACCACCACCUCAGCUACCAAUCCCACCACCACCUCAGCUACCAAUCCCACCACCACCUCGGCUACCAAUCCCACCAUCACCACGGCUACCAAUCCCACCAUCACCUCAGCUACCAAUCCCACCAUCACCACAGCUACCAAUAACACCACCUCAGCUACCAAUCCCACCACCUCGGCUACCAAUCCCACCACCACCUCGGCUACCAAUCCCACCACCACCUCGGCUACCAAUCCUACCAUCACCUCGGCUACCAAUCUCACCACCACCACGGCUACCAAUCCCACCACCACCUCGGCUACCAAUCCCACCACCACCUCGGUUACCAAUCCCACCACCACCUCGGUUACCAAUCCCACCACCACCUCGGCUACCAAUCCCACCACCACCUCGGUUACCAAUCCCACCACCACCUCGGCUACCAAUCCCACCACCACCACCUCGGCUACCAAUCCCACCACCACCUCGGCUACCAAUCCCACCAUCACCACGGCUACCAAUCCCACCACCACCUCGGCUACCAAUCCCACGACCACCACCCCGGCUACCAAUCCCACCACCACCUCGGCUACCAAUCCCACCAUCACCACGGCUACCAAUCCCACCACCAUCACCACGGCUACCAAUCCCACCACCACCACCACGGCUACCAAUCCCACCACCACCUCGGCUACCAAUCCCACCACCACCUCGGCUACCAAUCCCACCACCACCUCGGCUACCAAUCCCACCACCUCAGUUACCAAUCCCACGACCACCUCGGCUACCAAUCCCACCAUCACCUCGGCUACCAAUCCCACCAUCACCUCGGCUACCAAUCCCACCACCACCUCGGCUACCAAUCCCACCAUCACCCCGGCUAUCAAUCCCACCACCACCUCGGCUACCAAUCCCACCACCACCUCGGCUACCAAUCCCACCACCACCUCGACCUCGGCUACCAAUCCCACCACCACCUCGGCUACCAAUCCCACCACCACCUCGGCUACCAAUCCCACCACCACCUCGGCUACCAAUCCCACCACCACCUCAGCUACCAAUCCCACCACCACGGCUACCAAUCCCACCAUCACCACGGCUACCAAUCCCACCACCACCUCGGCUACCAAUCCCACCACCACCUCGGCUACCAAUCCCACCACCACCUCGGCUACCAAUCCCACCAUCACCUCGGCUACCAAUCCCACCAUCACCUCGGCUACCAAUCCCACCACCACCUCGGCUACCAAUCCCACCAUCACCUCGGCUACCAAUCCCACCACCACCUCAGCUACCAAUCCCACCAUCACCCCGGCUACCAAUCCCACCACCACCUCGGCUACCAAUCCCACCACCACCUCGGCUACCAAUCCCACCACCACCUCGGCUACCAAUCCCACCACCACCUCGGCUACCAAUCCCACCACCACCUCGGCUACCAAUCCCACCACCACCUCGGCUACCAAUCCCACCACCACCUCGGCUACCAAUCCCACCACCUCGGCUACCAAUCCCACCACCACCUCGGCUACCAAUAACACCACCUCAGUUACCAAUCCCACCACCACCUCGGCUACCAAUCCCACCACCACCUCGGGUGAUCCAACCAAUCCGCUGCUUCCAUGGCUGAUGAAGGCCUAUCCCGAAAACGGUCACCAGGAUGACUGUGGAGUCCUUCAGCAGGCCUAA